UAUUACAAGCCAAUGUGAAAAUUUAGUCGAAGCCAAAGUACCGUCAGGUUCUGGUUCAGGAUCAAGAUACUGGAAGAAAAAAAUCCCUGUAGUUGGGCUUCUUGUUCUGUUCCGUCAUCAUCAUAGUUUUGGACCGUACUUCUUUUUGAGCUGAGUCAGAUAGGGCGGCCGAUCCUAGUUUGACCCUCAUCCAAGCCGUCAUCCAGCAUGACUACUAUUGAAAGUGACUUUCAAAAGCUGAAUUUGAACGACCAAUCAGCAAAGGGAAAACAGAACAUGCUUCCAUCCAAGAGCAACAAAAUGGAGACAGAUCAACCUGGAGUGGAUACCCCUGACUCCUGUCCCAGCAAGCCAGCAUCAGUACCAGAUGUACUUAUGCCAGGACAUACUUUAAAGGGCAGCAUGGUUCAAGGAGUUCCUACUCAACAAAAUGAACUGCCCAAGACAGAUGACCAAAAAUGUCUUGAGAUGGAGACAUCAGAGGAUAGUGUGGAUGCAGUGCCUUCAAGCAAACCUAGAGCAAGGGUGUCGGCAAUGCCGCAAGCCAAUCUGCCUGUACCGCAGCAGGAAACUGGUGCUACAGCUGCUUCUGGUUCAGGUGCUGUUCCUAGAAGUGAACCCCAAACUCAGGAAAGUCAAGGAGCUCAAGAGUACGCUGCUCAACAAGCACCAGACCUUGAAGGAGAAAAAGAUUUGAUACUCUAUGAAUUAGCAGAUCAACUUGCUGGAAGCUGUGGCCUCAGGAAAUUAGCACUCCCACUACGAAUCAGGGAAAAUGAGGUUGCGCAAAUUGAAUUUGGCUCUCAAGGUUCAGUUGUAGCGCAGUUUUACAAGGUUUUCCAGCUGUUCUCCUCGAGAGUGCCAGGUUCACAGUUGUUCAAACAGUUGCUGGAGGUACUGACUAGAGCUGAUCAGAGGUCUGCUGCAUCCUGGCUAUGGAAUAGAAUUGGACAAAGUGAGCCAGAGCCAUUAUUGCAUGGUAGUGAGUCCAGUCCCAUCUCCGACGCCAUACCCCAGACAGAGACAAGACAAGGAAACGUCAACAGUGAAUUCUACGAUGUCUUUCUCUUCCACACUGGCAAAAGCGAUGGCACAGAGAAAUUCCAGAGAAUGUGCAAGCGGCAUGGGUGGACUUUGAAAAGCUCCGACACCAUUCCAGCUGCUGCCCCUGUCCAUGCUGCCAUUGAGAAAAUUCUAAAUACCUCAACGCAUCUGGUCCUGAUAAUCACAGAGAGUGACUGCAUUAACUACAAAAAAGGAGAAAUGUGUAUGACAGUGGAGAUGGCUCUACAACUGGCUUACAAUCACGACACGUUGUCAGGAAAAGUCCUUCCCAUACGGUGUUGCAAUAAGAGGAGCUUACCCCUCGUUUUGCAGGCCUUGACCGGUGCACAUAUAGAUGACGAAAGCUUUGAGAAUCGGAUGAUUGCAACCAUCAAUACCAAAACAAGGGAAGCAAGGAUGAGUGAAAUGCAAGACUAAAUGAAUGUCUUACAUGGGCGCGUGUAGGUAUAGUGGUUCUGACUCUAGCCUUUCAAACAUGGUUGUGCGUUUGAAUCCUAGCCAUGGCGUGUUUUCCUUCAGCAAGAAAUUUAUCCACACUGUGUGCUGCACUAAACCCAGGUGAGGUCAAUGGGUACCUGGCAGGAUUAAUUCAUUGCAUGCACUGAGCGCCGGUGAUGGUAGCUCGAGCGAAAGCCGGGGUAUUAAUAGCGAGUGCUUUGUAUCCUCUGGCAAAAAGCGCUAUAUAAAUCCAGUUAUUAUUAUUGUUAUUAUUACGUUGGGGAGGAAUCGAACAAAAAGAAACACAAAAAAGAAAGAAAGAUCAAGACCCAUCUAAACUGGAAAUCAGGAAUGUAUUCAAGGCUGGUUUUUCUGAGACACAAGGUGGAUGGAGGACUUGGAGAAUACCUUCUCCUAUAGACUCAUUACAUUUAACUUGGCUGAGGCCAAGGCCGACAAAAUGUAGCGUCAAGGCCGGCCUUUACUAAAUCCCUGCCUCAAAUUGGCAAUUAAGAGAGUACGUUAUGACGCACUAUGAUUGUAGAGAGAACUCCCCCAUUUGUCAUGUAUAUAUUCCCGCUUGAAAUGAUCAGGAAUCUGUUGUUCACUCCUAGCCAUGUUUUCGUAUAAUCUGUUCUUUCCUGUUUUGAUAAAGAAAAAUAACAUAAUGACUAAAAUUAACAUCUGCAUUUUUAGUUGAUUGUGUAUAAAACUUAAAAGAGCCGGGUUAUUUGGACCCAUCUCACAGCAGGGGAGGGGCGGAUUUCUCCCCCCUGAGAUCUUGGCCUUUGAUCGCGCGAGUGCCGCAAAAAUUUGAACAGUGAUAGUAUGCGAUAUAAUGUAUAAGGCUGUAUGGUUAAAUUUUUUUUAAAUAAUAGGAUUUUUCAUUUAAUGAAUCAAUUAUGCUAAUUUAUUCAUGAAAUAAAACAUUUGCUCUAAUCAACUAUUACACUGCCUCAAAACUGCAAAUUUUUUAUUCACGGAAUCUUUGUAGGAUCCCCAUCAAAUGUACUUCAAACAAAAUUUGUUAUCGCAAAUUGUUUUAACUUUGAUCAUAACCAAGACAAAAUCAAUCAAAUUUAAUCAAUAAUAGUAGAAAUAAUGAUACAUUUAUUAAUUUUGGCUAAGU